AUGAGCACCAAAGAGUAUGAAGAUCUUUCCAUAAAGGCGAAAUCAAGGUUUAGUAUUUCUCUCCGAAGUCUUUCACAGCCCAUGUCGCUUGGAGAGAUAGCAAGGACUUGGGACGUGUGUGCUCGGACAGUUAUUUCAGAGUAUGCGCAGCAGAGCGGUGGAGGGAGCUUCAGCUCAAAAUAUGGGACUUGGGAGAACUGCUUGAGUGCAGCAUGA